CCGCCAGGAUCCAUACCGAGCGGAACGUCGGCGAGGGGGAUUUUGAGUUAAAACCACGAUGCACUUUCUCGACCUGCAACAUCCGCCCCCAGUUCUACCCUUUUUUUUUUCUUUUUUUUUUACACAUAGAUUUCCCUUGGAGAGAUUCUUUGACGAUUCCCUCCUCGACCAUGUCUUCGCUCACACUCCGCGAAAACGCAUUCGAGCACAGCGGCGACAAGACCACGUUUUACUGGUCCGCCGGUCCUAGCAAUGGCCCGCUGGUGAUUUUGAUCCACGGCUGGCCCGCCAACGGCGAGACGUGGAAGCCGCAGCUCCUGGCGCUGGGGGGUCUGGGGUUCCACGCAGUGGCGCCGGACACGCGGGGGUACGGGCGGUCCAGCGUGCCGGCGGGGCCCGAGGCGUACGCGCUGGAGCACCACGUCUCGGACAUGGUGGCGCUGCUGGCGCACCUGCGGCGUGACAAGGCGGUCUGGAUCGGGCACGACUGGGGCGCGGGGCUCGUGUGGGCGUUUGCGGCCAUGCAGCCGGACAAGUGCGUGGGCGUCUGCUGCCUGACGGUGCCGUACGCGGUGCUCGGCCAGGGCAUCGAGCUGCUGGCCAGCCUCUCCAACCGCGACAUCUACCCCGAGGACAAGUUCCCCUACGCCCAGUGGGACUACAUGGCCUUCCACAACGAGCAGCCCGAGGCCAGCGCCGCGCAGCUCGCCGCCAACGUCCCCAACACCGUCAAGACCCUCUACCGCGCCGGCAGCCCCGAGACCUACCGCAAGCCCGCCUUCUCCGCCAUGAUGCGCAAGAUGGGCGGUUGGUUCGGCAGCCCCACGGCCGGCGCUCCCGACGUCCCCUUGGAGGCCACCCUCUUCGCCCAGGACGAGCCCGCCUACGAGAGGAUGGUGGCCGAGUUCCAAAAGAACGGCUUCGAGGCCCCCAACGACUACUACCGCAACUUUGACAAGAACAGCGAGUACCUGGCCAAGGCGCCAAACGGCGGUCGCCUGGCCUUCCCCGUGCUGUUCAUCGGGGCCCAGUGGGACAGCAUAGUCGACACGACGAUUUCGAGGCUGGCCGAGCCCAUGAGGGAGCUGUGCGACGACCUGACCGAGGUGACCAUCGAGGCCGGCCACUGGGUCGCCAUGGAGAAGCCCCAGGAGACCAACGCCGCGCUCGUGAGGUGGUUGGUGACCAAGCUCCCCAGGCACUACCCGGGGUACUGGAAGACUCCGUUUGUGUCCAAGGCGUGAUUGGGUUGGAAUUGUGAGGGCGGCUGUAGGUAGUCGGGUGAUGUGGUCCAGGCCGGGCUUUGUACUCUGAUAGCAGCUUCACUCUAAAGCCUUGUCAUUUUGACACUAAAUGCACAUGUAAUGAUCCCAGUUUAGUACCUCUUUGCUCCUGUACCUCUUUAAUCCCGCUAUGCUACUCACAAGACGAGUGAGGAGUGAGGUCAAGACCCAAAAAAAAGAAAAAAAAAAAGUCUACAGAUUAUGCUCCAAACCAGCUCUAAAAGUAUAACCCCUAAUCACGCCAUCUUUACAUCA